AUGGGUGUGAGCGGGAUGUCACAGGCUCAGCGUGACACACGCGCACGGACGCACACACGCGGUACAUACCGAGAGACGCGAAAAAAGAUUAGUGGAUUCCGACCGUCCACUGCUUCGGUAGAACAAAUUUUUCAUUUGGACUAUUUUCCUCAAUCAACUAAUUUACCAAUUCGAAAAGUCUGUUUAUACGAUCAUAUCAACUCGCAUUCGCUAGGACCGAAUUUCCGGGUCCCGGAUGAUGCGACAAUUAAAUGCAGUGCGGUGCUUGCUGAUUUGGUAAAAGUGAAUAAUGCUUCAUUCACUGCACAGGCAGACGAGUUGGGCUUCUUACUGAAAACCCCUCAUAUGCGGGCCCUGCUCCAAACACACGAUGUGAUCGCGCAUGAAGUCUAUAGCGCUGAGGCUCUUCGAGUCACUCCACCCCCUUUGUCCUCGUUCCUGAACGGGGACGAUGAGGAUGAACAAUUGGAAGCUGAGGUCGAGCCGCACGUGACACGAGUACGACUAGUUCAAUUCCAAAAGAACACAGACGAGCCG